GUUCUGACUUUCCAUAAUGUUAAAAAAAUUCUUAUUGAAACGUGUACUUAAAGGCUAUGCCGAGGCAAUUCUUCUCUUAUCUCGUAUUUUUAUUCAGGACGUGAAGUUUUAGGUAUGAAUUAUCAUUUGACUUAGAAAAGGUCUUAAGGCUUAGAUUAGGUACAUCAGAUAUACAACUUAUAAUACCAGGUACCUAUGACAUACCUGGUAUAUAUUGUACCUAGGUAUACGGUGGUACAGCACCAGCGGAAGCUCAAGCCAAGGCGGCAAGGCUUAUAACGUCAUACGCUAUUAGCAAAGCCAUCCAACUUUCCCCUAAAUGCGGAUUACCGUCUCGUGAAUUGUCUGUCUUGAUCGCACGAUGCGCCCACCCAUCCCUGGUCUCUCAUGUAUGCAAAUCCCGACUAAUCGUUCUAGAUAACUCGGAGCUAGUAAUAAAUAUGUUUUCCCUGUUGUCAUGGAAUUCUACAAUACCACUUCACGAGUUACCACUUGCGACAAUACCGAGUUACCAUCGAACCCGACCAAAUCGUUAACUCUCGCCAAAAUGCAAACAGUUGAAGGGAUACCCGUUCCGACGAGAAGUAGUAACCUCCAAGAUGAAUUACCUCAAGAUCCUUUGCCUCCUGGCAUGAAACCACAAAAGGCAAAGGAUAAGACAGGAACUCCGCCCUCGCGCUUCUCCCUCCGUAUGAAUGCUGGUUGGUGGCGAUCCUUACAAUGUAUUGGGAUGAGUUUACACUUCCUCGCCUCUCCUCGACCGCCAAGUCCCAACUUCGUCAAGUCUAUCCCUUCUACCUUGUCAGCCAUGAAAGGAAAGUUCGAUCUUCAAUUUUACGUACCCGAGGGCUAUAAUAAAGACCCAAACAGCGAAAAAUGGCCGGUAGUUGUAAACUUUCAUGGCGGAGGAUUCACCUUGGGUAGCGCUUCCGACGACGCUAGAUUCGCUCGCUUCGUACUAGAAAAAUGUCACGCGGUGUUCGUCUCGGUCGAUUACAGAUUAGCACCAGAAUACCCUUUCCCUACCGCCGUUGAGGACGGAGCGGAUGCGAUUUUAUAUAUCAUUAAUAAUGCGGCGAAACUUCGACUCGACAAUAGCAGGAUAGCAACAUCGGGGUUUUCCGCAGGCGGAAAUAUAGCUCUCACGGCACCAAUUCGCUUGUCCGAGCACCAGAAGACUGCGAAACUUCCGGAGUACCGUAUUGUCGCUGUCGCGACUUGGUAUCCAAUCACCGACUAUACACUUACUCGUGCUGAGCGCCGGGCCUCCGCGAUCCGCCCCGAAGCCACUCUACCGCCAACGUUAACGAAUUUAUUCGAUGCAUCUUAUCUAUUUCCUCCCGAAUUAGACCUUUCUCACCCAUGUCUGUCACCCUCGAAAGCGUCGGAUGAAGUGCUAAUCGAGGGCCUGCCCGACAAUGUACUAUUCUACACGUGCGAGUGGGACAUGCUAUUACACGAAGGCGAAUCACUUGCUCAGAGGCUCCAGAAGCCUCCCAUUUCGAAGAACGUCUAUUAUACCAUGAUAUCUGGCGUAGCACAUGGCUGGGAUAAAGGGCCAAACCCAAUGAAACCCCCACCAAAAUCCGAACGACUGUAUGGGGAUUGCUGCCGUAAGCUCAAGAGAAUCUUUGAAGAAGAUCAAACACAUUCUAUUCUUGGCCUCCCUUUGAAACUACCACCACUACUACAUUCUAAACCUAAGGAUGAGAGUACUUCAGACUGAACAAGAAGCGAAUGGUAUUGUGUUGAGACACGACGCACGGCUUAAUUUAACUGACCGUUAGACAGUUAAUCAUCGGGUAUACUACUAAUAUUAUUAAUGAACGGAGCUUGACUAUACGAUUGGCCCAAACUAGGUAGAUACGCUCAUGGAAUGAAUCGUCACCUAUAGGCUAUUGUAAGUGACGACUGCCUGCCAAUGUGUAUUAUAUUUAUAUUAUAUAUAUCCCUAUAUAAGGUAUAUUGCGAUAUGAUAAGCCCUCCUUUACUGUACUAUACAUAAUAUACAACAUCACUUAUGUGACAAUUUCAAACGCACAUUUGAAUGGUUGUUAAUUAUCUGCAUGAAAUCAUGAGCAGCAUUGUCAGAUCCAAGACAAGAUAUCUUGAAUUCCGUCGUAAUGGGCCAAAUGUCAAGGGUCUAAAUACGUCAUCACGUAGCGGUUUGGGUGGAGUAAGGCCUG